AUGCCGCAGACAACUAUCACACCUCACGACCAAUCUCGCUAUGUGACCAGGGAGUUGACCACAGAUUACGAUUCGGUAUUGAACAAAGCGUCAACGGCGCAGAGGUCGUGGGCUAAAGUGCCGAUCGAGAAGAGAAUCGAGAUCGCAAACCGUUUCGUUGAGGAGUUUGAGAAGCUCUCCGAACAAAUUAUUCCAGAGUUGACGUUGCAAAUGGGCAGGCCUGUCUCGCAGAACGCGGGGGAGAUACGAGGGACCCUUGAUAGGUCCAAAUUUAUGAUCUCCAUCGCCUCAUCGUCUCUUUCGGAUGUUGAAUUGAAGGAUUCAGACAAGCCAGGUUUCCGGCGUUUUAUUAGACGAGAACCUUUGGGCGUAGUCUUUGUGAUCUCACCCUGGAACUAUCCUUACCUUACAAUGAUUAAUUCCGUGCUUCCGGCCCUUAUAGCUGGAAACGCCGUAAUUUUGAAGCCGUCUCCGCAGACACCGCUAACGGCAGAAAGACUUGCCUCGGCAUUUUAUACAGCCGGCCUUCCACCCGAGACUCUUCAAGUAGUUCAUCUGACCCCUCAGGGCGUAGAGGCCGUUACCAAGCACCCCAAAGUGGAUUUCGUCAGCUUCACCGGAAGUGUCCAGAAUGGGAGAGUUGUUAGUCGAGCAGCUGCCGCAAGCGAUAAUUUUCCUGGAGUCGCGCUAGAGCUCGGAGGCAAGGAUCCUGCAUAUGUAAUGGGUAAUGCGGAUUUCGAUUAUACCGUUGCAGAAUUAGUGGAUGGCGCCUUCUUCAAUUCCGGACAAAGUUGUUGUGCCGUCGAGAGGAUAUAUGUCCAUGAGUCGCUAUUUGACAAAUUCGUCAGAGCAUAUGUCGAGCUUGUGAAGAAAUACGGGCUUGGUAACCCAACUGAGAAGGAUACGAAUCUUGGACCAGUGGUCUCUCUGGCUAGUGCCGAAAAAAUUCGCAAGCAGGUUUCGGACGCGAUUGGCGCUGGGGCUAAGGCUUUGAUACCGGAGCAGCUAUUCCCCUGUGCGAGAGAAGGGACAACGUAUGUUGCUCCACAGGUGCUUAUUGAUGUGACCCAUUCCAUGGAUGUCAUGAAAGAGGAAACUUUUGGUCCUGUCGUUGGGAUCAUGAAAGUUUCAUCCGACGAGGAAGCCAUAAAAUUAAUGAACGACUCGCCUUACGGCCUCACAGCGUCUAUAUGGACCUCUUCGCAGGAUGAUUUCCUCGAGCUGGUUGACAAGGUCGAGGCAGGGACGGUAUACCAGAACCGCUGUGACUAUCUCGACCCAGCUCUUAGUUGGACUGGAGUUAAAUGGAGUGGAAGAGGCAUCAGCUUGAGCAAAUUCGGAUAUGACCAAUUGACGAGGGUGAAGAGCGUUCACAUCAAGUAUAAAACAUCAUGAACACUAUGAGGGCAUUGUACUAUGCACGUAGAUAACCGUUCGAAUAGUCAACAAUAAGAUUAGGCCAACUCUACUACCAUGUAUGACUCGGAAGUCAUCUUCGUCGAGGAAAACAUGUUGUGAGACAAGGUUAAGCCGGCCUGGAACGACGACGGAAUCGCCGCCCUAGUUAGAGUUGUGGGGAAUGCGGGAGCUUGAGCGUCCGAAGCAAGGAAUUAG